AUGCAGAAGCCAGAGAAAGAAAUCGUCGCCGUCGUCCUCGCCCUCACCGCCAGCCCCGACCCCGACGUCCAGAAGCGCGCCGUAGAACAGUACUACGCCCCCGACGUCAACUUCCGCCACCCCCUCUGCAGCGCCAACGACCGCACCGGCCUCCUCGCCAUCUACCAGUGGUACCGCAUCAUGUCCCCCGCCCACUCAGUCACCGUCAGCAGCGUCACCUUCGACCAGCAGAAGCUCGAGCUCUUCCUCGACGUCUCCCAGACCUUCCACCUCCGCUGGUCCCCGCUCGCCCCCGCCCCCGCCCGCUUGGUCGUCCACCUCAGGCUCCGCCCCGCAGACCCCCGCGCACCCGCCGACAAGACGACGUACCUCAUCGCCGAGCACGAGGACUUCUACCACCAGGAGGACCUCGCCGCGCUCCUCGUGCCCCCGCUCGUGCCCCUCGUCCGCGCCGCCCUCAGCACCGCUACGCUCGCGUGCCGCGUGCUCUCCUUCGGGUUCUCGCGCGUCCUCGGCUACUGGCGGGUGCGCGAC